AUGGCCACACUCAUGACUCAUAUGAGUAUAUUGACAAAGAAGAUUGAUGAGAUGGGUACAAAACAGGUGCAUAUUGUUGACACAACAAAUGGAGGACUGUGUACACCCUGUGUUAAUCAGUCUUAUGUGUGCUCAUGGAGUGGAGAAGGUGACAAUCAAGGGGUAAGAGAAGAUAUGAAUUAUGUUAACAACUUUGGGGGUCAGAUACAAGGAGGACAACAUUGGAGACCGACACCAAAUCAGCAAUACAGGCCAACUAUGCAACAACCUGGAAGUAUGCAACCCCAAGGCCAAAUGCCACCUCCUCAGCAACAAGAUAACAACAUGGUAGAGAUCAGAGGUAUGCUUCAGCAACUCAUUGGGACAAAUGGUAAGAUGCAGGAAAAGUUGGCAGUGCAUGAUUCAUCUAUAAAGAACAUUGAAACUCAGUUGGGGAAGCCGUCUAUGGCUUUAAACAACCACCCCCAAGGAAUAUUGCAAGCGGACACAAACAUCAACCCCAAGGAGCAAAACCCAAAUCAGCUGAUGGCAGCAGAUGAACCAAAAGAACUUACUGAAGUGGUGGUUGAACAAGUUCAGGAUGAAAAGGGUAAGGCUAAGGUGAGCGAACAAGCUGCAGAACAGGUGGUACCUCUUGUGCCACAGAACCCCAAUAGAGAGAAGCCAGCAAGCAGUGCACAAAGGGUGGUACCUGCACCAUUCCCUCAGAGAUUGGUAAAACAAAAGAAGGAAGAUCAAUACAGGAAAUUCAUGGAGAUACUGCGUCAAAUUCAGUUGAAUAUUCAUUUGAUGGAUGACUUGAGGGAGAUUCCAGUAGUGAAAAGGUCCAUGGCUCAAAAGAUGUUUGACCCAGGUAGCUUUACUAUUCCAUGCACCAUUGAGAGUUAUGCCUUUGCAAAGGAAUUAUGUGACUUAGGAGCCAGCAUAAAUUUGAUGCCUCUGGCUAUAUACACCAAACAGGGCGUUGGCACAACUAGACCGACUUCGAUGCUGUUGCAACUGGCUGACCACACGGUUAAAAGGCCAACUAAAAUUCUUGAUGAUGUGUUGGUAGAUGAGGAAAUACCUAUCAUUUUAGGGAGGCCAUUCUUGGCCACUGGGAGAGCACUGAUCGAUUUUGAAACUAGGAAGUUAAAAAUGAGGCUGAACGAUGAAGAAGUCAUAUUCAACAUUCAACAAUCCAUGAAGAGACCUAGUGAAUAUGCUAAUUGCUCCCUAUUGGAAGCAGUGGAUGCCAUCCUACACGAAGAUGAUGUGACCCUGACUGCUAAAGAUCCAUUGGAAGCCUGCCCGACAAAUUUAGAGGAGAUGGAUGGUGAAGGGUUAGCUGAGUGGGUCAUGGCACUUGAAGGCCAAGGAUUCAGGAAAAGGGAACCUCAGUUCGAGUCCCUUGAGUUAGAAAAAAGGGCUACACCUCUAGCAAAGCCAUCAGUAGAGGAACCACCAAAGUGCUACAUUUUCUUAGGCCUGAUUCUACUUUGCCUGUCAUUAUAUCAUCCAGUUUGCUAG